AUGCACUCGUCUCGAGCGAUAGACAUCGAAAUAGACUCCCUCCUCGGCGAUACGACCACCGGUCUCUUCCUGAAAUUCGACGUCGUCGUCUUCCAAAUCCAUUCGACAGAGGACGACUUCCAACCGCCCUUCCUUUCUCCGAAUCAAGUAAUGACCCGUGCGAGUGUGCCCGGCUCGGCGAAGAGCCGCACACGACUCCGUCGGGUCGCCCAGCGGCGCGUGGCCCCUGCAGACCAAUGCCCCCAGGGUGUGGAUCGCCUUCUGGCCCUUCAGACCGCCGAAUCGGAGCUCGGUGAUGGGCAGGGCGGCUCCGUCGGUGAUCGCUCCCUCGUCCGAUUCCCAUCGGGGCGCUUCCGAAUCGCAGUUGCAAGAUCGGGUGGAGUCCACGCAGUCGUCGGAAAUAACCGAAACACCAAGCAGGAUGCAAAGGAGCUGUCGUUUUCAUUCCUCACCUUCACUUCAUCGUCAGACCCGAGAUGGGAAAAGGCUCGCCCUCCAUGGAGGAGAAAUGAACAUCGCGAUCCUCAUCCCAAAAUCACUCCUGGUGCAUUCCGGAUCGAAUCAUAUUCUAGCGUCCUCAUCGUUCACAUCGCCGUGAAAAUGCAGUUAGCCAGCUUCUUCCUUUCCCUUUCAUGCAUCUUCCUCGUGUUCCAAGAGACGGCAGGGCAAGACGUUUGUCCCCAUCCCGAGGACAUCUCUCCCUGCACCUGCAGUGGCGAUCCUUACUGGACUCACGUUCGUUGUUCAUUGGCGACGUCGAUCGACGAAAUCAUCUCGGCAUUCAACAAUGUCGUUUGGCCCUCAACCACAUAUCGGUCGUUUGACCUGUACGACAACAAGGAGAUCCGAGAAUUACCAGAAGGAGUCUUCGGUAAAAAUCCUGUUUCGGAGGUCCAGCCUGGAUCCUUCAACAACUUGAGGCACUUACAGUAUUUUAACUGUUCUUCCUGCUCCCUUGGACCAACUCUGACGGCCGGAUUCUUUGCAUUCAACAGUACAUUCAUUUAUCAAAUUGAUCUCUACAAUAACUCCAUCUCAAUGUUGGAACCGCAAGCAAUCUCAGGUUUUGGACCGAGAGCAGAUAUAAACUUAUAUGACAACAAAAUCAACGAAUUAACAGAAGAGGCCUUCCGCCCUAUGAUGGAGAUUCUCACAGGAGGGGAUGGGAUUAUCGACUUGUCUGGGAAUCCCGUGGAGUGUGGAUGCAGCAUUGCCUGGUGGGUCCGAAAUCCGGAAUUCAAUUCGACUCUGAGGGGUCAAUGCACCGAUGGAACUGAUUUUCACGAUCUACAUCCAGAUGACUUUCUAGACUGCAUGGAGAAUGGACAUUCCAGUUGA